AUGGGUCUUGCUCCAUCUAAGAUCAUGGACUCUCUUAUGGAGGGUACCAACUUCGACCGUGAGGAGAUUGACCGCUUGCGCAAGCGGUUCAUGAAGUUGGACAAGGACAACUCUGGCACUAUCGACAGCGAGGAGUUUGUGCUGAUUCCCGGGGUGUCUUCCAAUCCGCUCGCUCCACGUUUGAUGGAGGUUUUUGACGAAGAUGGAGGUGGGAGUGUCGACUUCCAGGAGUUUAUUGACGGGUUAUCCGUGUUCUCCGUACGAGGCGAUAUCGACCAGAAGUUACGCUUUGCAUUCAAGAUCUACGACAUCGACCGCGACGGCUUCAUCUCCAACGGUGAGUUGUACUUGGUAUUGAAGAUGAUGGUGGGUACGCAUCUCGCAAAAGAGCAGUUGCAGCAGCUUGUGGACCGUACCAUUAUGGAGAACGACAAGGAUGGUGACGGCAAGCUUAGCUUUGAGGAGUUCAAGAACGCAGUGGAUCAGACCAAGAUUGCCAACAGUUUGACCUUACAGAGCUUUUAGAAAGUUCAAAAAUUGGAACUAUACCGAGAUCGGUUUUUGAUCCUUUAUCAUCGCGGGACGGUACUAGUCCUCUAUCCUCUAUGUAUAAUAACAAACAAUGUAAUAACAUGGUGUAAGCGUUACUAAGGCGAGCAUCUGGGAUUAAAGUGCAUCAGCCCUUGGUGCAGUCUAGAUUUUAGUCCUAAUACGUUUGAUUUGAGAACUAGAUAAUAUCCAUACAAAAAAUAAUAAUCAGUUCAUACAGAAAUAAAUGGUUAUUCAAGGGGAAACAAUUUGUCACUCGG